UAUGUCGCCGAAGCUGAUUCUGGUCAUCUUCUGCUUGAGCGUCCUUGCGAUGGUGCUGGGCAGUAGCGGGGCGACCGUGCGGGGUGCCGGCGGGUGUGAGGGGUGUGGAGAGGCGGAGGAGCGGUACGACAGCUACCAGAUAGACCGGCCCGAGCUGGCGUACAGCGCGGAGGGCACGAGGGGAAGGGGCGGGCUACUCAACAUGCUGCUCAACCGAGGGAUUGUCGGCGCCCGUGCCCGGCGGAACCCGUUACCCCGUGUGUCCAUGGACAUCUCCACCAUGCUUCUGGGAGAACUCCUGUCCGACGGUGCCGGCAGCAGCGCUACAACCGACCACAACUUCGAACUGUUCCGGCAAGCGGGGAAGAAAUAAAACAAACCAGCCAAAACACGUCCAAAGACUGAUGAGAACAAAAGACUUCAUAACUUCUUAGUUUGUUUAGACUAAGGAAAACGA